GGAGGUUACGACAAAGUUCUUACCACUUCCAGAACGCUCGAGGUUGACAGCUUUUCUUUUCUUUUCUUUCUGACCACAUUUUUAUCUGGGGAAGAGCAGUAUGCUUGGAAAUGGAGUGGUUGGGAUCCUGUCUGAAACUUCAAAUAAGUGGGAAAGAAGGGCGCCUUUGACACCAGCACAGUGUGCUCGACUUCUCAACGGUGGCAGGGAUAAAAGUCCUGGUGUUGCUCGCAUCAUCGUGCAACCAUCCACCAAGCGCAUCUUUGAUGAUAAACUCUACGAAGAGGUCGGCUGUGAAAUAUCAGACGACUUGUCGGCAUGUGGCCUCGUCUUGGGCAUCAAAAAGCCGAGGUUGGAGAUGAUUCGUCGUGAUACAGCUUAUGCCUUCUUUUCACACACUCACAAGGCACAGGAAGAAAACAUGCCCUUGUUGGACAAGAUCCUGGCUGAAAGGGCGACAUUAUUUGACUACGAGCUUGUUGAUGGAGACAAUGGGAAGAGAUUAAUUGCUUUUGGAAACUUUGCUGGAAGAGUGGCUUUAAUUGACUUAUUGCGAGGACUAGGGGAGAGGUAUUUAAAUCUUGGAUAUUCAACGCCCUUCCUGUCACUGGGUGCAUCUUACAUGUAUCCUUCAGUGACUGCUGCUAAGGCAGCUGUAAUUUCUGUAGGAGACGAGAUUGCAGGGCAGGGGUUGCCAUCAGGAAUCUGUCCUCUCGUCUUUGUUUUUACCGGUUCCGGAAAAGGAUCUCUUGGGGCACAAGAGAUGUUUAAGCUUCUUCCUCACACUUUUGUUGAUCCAAGCAAACUUCCCCAACUAUUUGAGAAAGCCAGGGAUCCACCUUUGCCUGGUCAGGCAUCAGAGAGAGUCUUUGAGGUAUAUGGUUGUGUGGUGACUUCUCAAGACAUGGUUGAGCACAAAGACAAUCCUAAAGUAUUUGAUAAGGCUGACUAUUAUGCACAUCCAGAAUGCUACAAGCCUGUUUUCCAUGAAAGAAUAGCACCAUAUGUAUCUGUGUUUGUUAAUUGCAUUUAUUGGGAGAAAAGAUUUCCCCGGUUGUUGAGUACCCAGCAGCUUCAAGAUCUUGUGAGGAAAGGAUGCCACCUUAUUGCAAUCUCAGACUUAACUUGUGAUAUGGAAGGUUCAAUAGAGAUUCUUAACAGGACCACAUCGAUUGAUUCGCCUUUCUUCAGAUAUGAUGCUAUUACUGAUUCAUACCACAAUGGCAUGGAGGGAAAUGGUGUGAUAUGUUCUGUAGUCGACAACCUUCCAACGGAGUUUGCAAAAGAGGCUUCCGAACAUUUUGGAGGACUCCUGUUGCAGUUCAUUGGCAGCCUAGCAUCAACAGCAGACAUAAGUAAAUUACCCCCCGUCCUAAAGAAAGCUUGUAUAGCCCAUGGAGGAGCCCUCACCCCGUUAUAUGAAUAUAUUCCUAGUCUGAGAAAGUCUAACCGAGAGUGUUAGAGGUGGAAGCUUGAUUUGCAGUAUGGUGCAGAGCUUGCUUAAACCCGUUGGUAAAGUGACAACCAUGUGAUUGUCUCAUGCUCUCUUUACUUAUAUGAUCCAACGUGCUAUGUACCUGUUCUUAUUUCAUUUUAUUUUCUUGUUGUUUGUUAUUUUUUCUUUGGUUGUUAGCCUCAGUAGAUGUAAUGGUCACGUGGCUUAUUUCCUUGUUUUAAGAUAAUGCAUCAAACUGGUUGUAUGAGGUCUACUUUAAAACCAUUUCGUUGUGGCUUCUAAAUAGUGGCAGUUUAUUGUAGCGUGGGAUAUGAAUGAGAUAUUUCCAGUUUUACUGUG